AUGGUCCUUCAGGAUCUCGGGCGGCGUAUCAACGCCGCCGUCAAUGACCUGACUAGGUCCAACAAUCUAGACGAGAAGGCUUUUGAUGACAUGUUGAAAGAGAUCUGCGCUGCACUUUUAUCAGCCGACGUAAACGUUCGUCUCGUCCAGUCACUUCGGAAAUCUAUCAAGUCCAGCGUGAACUUCGCCUCCUUGCCCCCCGCCGUCAAUAAGAAGAGGUUGAUUCAGAAAGCGGUCUUCGAUGAAUUAGUUGCUCUGGUCAAUCCACAUGCAGAUCCUUUCCGACCCAAGAAGGGCCGGUCUAAUGUGAUUAUGUUCGUUGGUUUACAGGGUGCUGGUAAGACGACAACUUGUACCAAGCUGGCUAGACAUUAUCAGAUGCGGGGCUUCAAAACGGCACUCGUCUGUGCGGAUACCUUCCGUGCCGGUGCAUUCGAUCAGCUGAAACAGAAUGCGACAAAGGCCAAAAUUCCUUACUAUGGAAGUUUGACGCAGACCGACCCCGCAGUGGUGGCGGCUGAGGGUGUGGCCAAGUUCAAGAAGGAGCGGUUUGAGAUCAUAAUCGUGGAUACUAGCGGUCGUCACAAGCAGGAGGAGGAACUUUUCACGGAAAUGACGCAGAUUCAGACUGCUGUCACCCCAGACCAGACGAUCUUGGUCCUCGACAGCACGAUCGGUCAAGCGGCCGAAGCCCAGUCGGCGGCCUUCAAGGCAACAGCUGAUUUUGGUGCCAUCAUUAUCACGAAGACGGACGGGCAUGCUGCUGGAGGUGGUGCUAUUUCUGCUGUAGCAGCUACACAUACUCCCAUUAUCUUCCUCGGCACGGGUGAACAUAUGAUGGACCUUGAACGGUUCGAGCCAAAAGCUUUUAUCCAGAAGCUACUGGGCAUGGGCGAUAUGGCAGGAUUAGUCGAGCACGUUCAGGCCGUGACCAAGGACUCAGUAGCAGCCAAGGAGACGUACAAGCACAUCUCGGAAGGUAUCUAUACGGUGCGUGAUUUCCGAGAGAACAUUUCCUCGAUCAUGAAAAUGGGUCCCCUGUCAAAACUUUCUGGCAUGAUCCCUGGCUUGUCCAAUCUCACUGCUGGGCUGGAUGAUGAAGAUGGCUCGCUUAAACUCCGCCGCAUGAUCUACAUUUUUGACAGUAUGACUACGGCAGAGCUUGACAGCGAUGGCAAGGUCUUUGUGGAGCAGCCUAGCCGGAUGGUCCGCAUCGCCUGUGGUAGCGGCACGACCGUGCGCGAGGUCGAAGACCUUCUGUCGCAGCACCGCAUGAUGGCCGGUAUGGCCAAGCGCGUCGGUGGGCAGAAGAAGCAGAUGCAACGAGCCCAGAAUAUGCUCAAGGGUGGCAAUAAAGAACAGCAGCUCGCCGCGAUGCAGAAGCGCAUGGCCUCCAUGGGUGGCGCAGGUGGCGCAGGUUUCCCUGGAAUGCCCGGUAUGGGCGAUAUGGCCAAGAUGAUGCAAAUGCUCCAGGGACAAGGCGGCGGUGGUGGUCUGCCAGGCCUUGGAGGUAUGGACCUACAGGGGAUGAUGAGCCAAAUGAGCGGAUUGAUGGGCGGAGGAGGACGCGGUAGAGGACGGUGA